ACUCCGGAACUUCCGGGCCCUGCGGCCGCUCGCACGCUGAUCGGCAGGCUGUGGAGGGUUGGGCUCAGUGCCUGAAGGUAUGCUUCCAGAGUCUUCUGUGUGUUUCCAAGAGCAUGAAAAAAUGCAUAAAUCUCUGGGGUUGGUGUCAUUUGAAGACUUGGUGGUGGACUUUACCUGGGAGGAGUGGCAGGACCUGGACGAUACUCAGAGGAUCCUGUACAGGGAUGUGAUGCUGGAGACCUACAGCAACCUGGUGUCAUUGGGGCACUGCUUCACCAAACCUGAGGUGAUCUUCAAGCUGGAGCAGGGAGCAGAGCCAUGGACAGUAGAAGAAUCCCCAAACCAGAGCCUCCCAGAUGUCCAGAAAAUAGAUGACCUGUUUGAGAGGAGCCAGGAAAGUCACCAUAGGCAUAUGUGGCAAGUUGUAAUCACCAACAGCAACACAUCAACUGAGGAGAGAGUUGAAUUAGGAAAAACAUUUAAUUUGAGUUCAAACCAUAUUUCAAGUCUGGUUAUAAAUAGUGGAAUGAGGUCUGACAAGUUUUAUGUGUGUCAGAACACACUUCUCUCUAGUGAGCCUGACGAGAUGCAGGCUGGAGAGAAACCUGAUGCCCAUAAUAUAUCUGGGAAAUCCCUCAGGUGUCCUGACUACUUUAGUCAGCAUCACAAGAUUCUAACUGGGCAGCAGCCUUUUGAAUAUGAUGGACAUGGGAAAGCCUCCAACAGGGAGGCAAUAUUGCUAAUGGAAAAGAGGGCUCAUAUGGGAGAGGCUUCUUGUAAAUACAGUGAACAUGGGAAAGGCUGUGACAAGUCAGCUCUCACUGCCCAAGAGAUAAUAACUCAGGUAGGGAGGAAAACUUUCUUUAAAAACUCUAACCUCAUUAAACAUCAGCAAACACAUACAGGAGAAGAAUCCUAUGAGGGUAUUGAAUGUGAGAACGUCACUGCCCAAGAGAUAAUAACUCAGGCAGACACUGGCCACCUGUGGCAUGAGCACUGGAAAUAUGGCUCAUCUGAAGUAAGCUGUGCUCUGAAGGUGAAAUACCCAUUGGAUAUCAAAGACUUUGUAAGAAAAUAA